AUGCUGCAGUAUAUGCGAGAACGAAAAAAAUAUGGAAAUAAUAUCCCAAAAUGUUUAUCAUCAAAAAUUAAUAAGAGUAAAAUAAUACAAAAAAAUAUUUGUUCUAAUUACAGAACUAUUAAAAUAAUUGAUAUAUAUGAAAACCUUCCUUUGAAUCAUUUGAAUAAUGAAAGAACAAGAAUUAAGGAAAUUAUUCUAGCAAACGAUGUAAUUGUUGUUUUAUUAAUUUCUGGUAUAUCUCGAGCUUAUGAUAUUGUAAAUGGACGCUUUUUAUGUGAAAUUAAUCCAAGCAAUUUUUCUGUUGUUCACACUAUUGUGUACAAUUCUUAUAACAACACUUUAAUAGUUGCCUAUGCCUCUUUUCCUGCACAUUUGCAGUGUAAAGUUAUCGAUUGCAAUGAUUUAAAAGUUGGAAAAACAAAUUCGUCGGGACUUGGCACUCUAUUCGAAAAAGUCAUAUUGAGUCACCCAGCCUUUUUCGAGUUUUGCGAGACGAACGGAAGAAUAGGUGCUGCUAACUUAAAUACAAAUUCAUAUACAUUCUGGGACAUGAGAACAUAUGAACAAGUUUUUGAAAUAAAGGAAGAAUUUCAGGAAAUCAGAGUUUCGGACGGACUAGUGGCCAUGUUUAAACAACCCAUAAAUAACACAAUUCCCUUAGCCUUGUUCGAUAUAGAAAACGGAAAGAGACUUGUUGAAACUGUUAUAUCGAUUUUGCCAAGAAGAGAAAUGCAAUUUUUAGAACUGCUCGUUUCUAAAUUAUUGAUAAAGCAAGAAGGCUCCUCCUUAAGAAUUUAUGACCUACUAAAGAAGACACGACAGAAAGUUAAAAACACGUACACAUUUCAGCCGACAGCCUUUGUCUUUUACGACCACCCCUCCCCGAUUAAUGGCAAGGUUUACAACAACGAAAUAAGUAAAAAGUUCUUUACGAUAUCAAGUGAUCUGAUUGAGUUUUGGGAGUUAGAUUCGUUCAUGCUGCGGAAGAUGUAUGCUAUAUAUGUUCCAGGACUAAGAGAUCCUGAUUUGUGUAAUCACAGUCUGAUGGCCGAGAUUCUAUGCUUAUACAGUUCAAAUGCUUUUGACAAAAUACAAAAAUACGAAAGUUUAUUUAACUAUGUUGAUAGUUCAGAUACAAGAACUGAUUCCAUGCAUCAUGACUUUGUAGAUAAGGAGAUGAUAAAGGAAAAGGAUAAAAAUAUGUUAUAUAAGAAAAAGAUACUAAAUAAUAAUAUUCAAGACAAUAAAUUAAAAACUGAUAUAGAUAAAGAAAAUUUUAAUUUUGGAGCACUCUUAUUCUUUUCUUUAAAUGAUGGAGAGUUUUUAAAUUACAUUUCAGAAAAUGUGUGUGGUCAUUCUGUCGAAGUCCUUGCUUCUAACAGCUCCAUGACGACUAUUUUAAUUUUUCAAAAUUUCAAAUUUUCAAAUGUUUAUCAGACAAUCAUAUGCGGUGACGAUAAAGGAUUCGUCCGAAUUUUAAGAAACAAUCCCAAAUUUGACGAUUUCGAAAUAAGGAAUUCCAAACAGAAUACAUACGACAGACGGAUAUGCGAAAAUGCGUUUAUUAGAGAGGAGUUAAGUAUGGAGAAUGGUGAAAAAAGAUUGCAUCAGAUUAAAAGAAAAAAAAAAUAUCAAGGUGAACGUGAAAAGGAAUUGUUAAAGAAGCCGAAGAUUUAUAAAUUCUCUGAUAGGGAGAUAUCUGCUUAG